AUGCAAGCUCUAUUGAAAAAUGACGAAAAGUUACGAGAAGAAUGCACACAGUUAAACAUAUGGCUUAAUAUCUUCGAGAAAGAGAAGGAAAACAAAAGAAUGUUAAAGGUCAUUGACGAAAAUGACCGUGCUGUUUUUAAAAAAGCGAGAUUUUUCUUAAGUGUUGUCAAUAUCUCUUACGGUAUGGGCUCCACCUCUGUAAAUGUUCGGAAAGGAAAUGCAUCAAUUGAUAGUUUAAAGGAAUGCGAAUUUGGAAAAGAGUUACAAGAAAAAGUUACAAACGAACAAGAAAUAGAAAAGGUACAAGAGAUGAAAAGCCAAGUUCACCGAUCAUCAUCUCCGCCAAUCCCACAAAGAUUCUCAUUCUCAGCAUCGGAGCAAGGUUCAUACGUUGAACCAAUACUUCAACAUGUUGAAAGAGCUCUUUUUAAUUUUAUUACAAGAUAUGAAAAAUACAUCCCUUCCAAAACCGUAAAAGACUUUGUUAUGAAAUCUACAGAGGUUAUCAACACUAGCAUUGGAAGUGGAGGUCAAGAUGAAUAUGAACAAUUGGUAGAAAUAAAACGAAAAUUGGAUUUUGAAAUUAUGGAGAGAUUGAUCUCAACAGCAAAUGGGACACAUGAGGAUAAUGAAGCUGAUUAUCAGAUUAAAAAAAGAAAGUUAAGAGAUUUGGAACUUGAAGAAGAUAAACGUCAGCUUGAAGAAUUGACGGAUUUUGCCUUGGAUAUAAUUGGUAAAUUGGAAUCUUCAGACAAAGAGCAAUUAAACCGCAUUGUACAAAUGACAAUCUCCAAGAAUGAAUUGUUAUUAAAUAUAUGGAAAA